AUGGGGAUGGGUCGGGCCAUGUUCACGCAGGAGGGACUCAACAGUACGCUUACCUACACCCCUACCAGCGAGCGUGACUACGGGACACUGCAGUGCUACGCGACCAACGUUGUGGGCAAGCAGGAGGAGCCGUGUAGCUUUACUUUGAUUUCUGCAGGCCCACCCGAGGAAGUGAAUAACUGCUCGGUGCUGAACGUCACCUCACAUUCUGCAGGCAUCAGGUGUCUGUCUGGCUUUGAUGGAGGCCUUCCGCAACGUUUCCUUUUACAGGUAUGGGAGGCUGAGUCAGGCAGCCUUAUGGUGAACACAUCCAGCUCAUCGCCUGUAUUCUCCGCCCGCCCCUUGGAACCGGGCCGUGCCUACAAGGCAUCCUUGUCGGCGUACAACAGUCGCGGCCACGCCUCUCCCACUCGCUUCUCCUUCCUUACACUUAAGGAAGCAGAGAUGCAUAAAAGUCUGCCGUCAAUGGUGGAGCCGUCACCCCUCGUGUUGAUCCUGGGGGUGAUCGCUGGGGUGUUGGUUGUGGUAGGCGCCUUGCUACUGUCAGUGUGGCUGCUCAAGGAGAGAAGGAGCCACGCCCACCAUGAGUCUGCCACCGUCACCCAGAUAGUUCUCAAGGAUAAUAACCCGGAUCUCUUGAGUGUGGAGGCCCCUGAGGAAGGUGUAGGCGUGAGGGUGAAUGGCUCAGUGAAGGGGGCACAGUACGCUCCUCCCAGCAGUGGGGAAGGCCCUGAGAGGUAA